UCACUUCUCAUUUCCCAUUUCCAAAACCGCAAGAAACAGAGCACGCAGAGAGCGCUCGGCGAGGAAAUUCAAGAUUUUGAAUCUUGAGUUCUAGUGAUCCAAAAAUCCCGUAAGUAAUGCCUAAUUCAUCCAUACAUCGUGAUUUAUCGAUUUAGAGCUUUAAAACGAGUUUUUGGUUCAGGAAUUUCUUGAAUUCCCGAUCUGCCAAAUUAGGGUUUCGGAGUAUCCGGAAGCCGGAUUGAGCCCAAAUUUCAUAUACGAGCUUCCUGCAGCGAGGUAAUCAAUCCUCUAGUUCUAAUCCCUGAAUUUCGGCUAUUAUUUAGGUCGGGGUCCAAACCGCUGGAUUUAGCUCCGGCCAGGGUUUGAUGUGUUUUUAUCAAGAAUUUGACCCGGAGCCUAGAACUAACAUUGACGGGGAUACUGCAGGGGGUAUUAGGACGGUCUCGGAUUUUAAUUCGGGGUUCGUUCGUGAAAUUGAUGUUUUAGUACCGGAGGCUAGAACCGGUGUUUGAACGACCAGAACUGGUGAGGGAUUAGCACGGCAUACCGGGUUUGUCGUAUCACGAUAAUUAUAUUGAUGCUUAGAAUUGACCUAGGUGAAUUAGAAUGGCAUGAUUAUGGGUGUAUGGACUUCUCUGCUAUAUGAUGAACUAUAGGCUUCUGUAUGAUAUUAUUGACUUGCCUUAAUCGAUAUGGACCUUGUUUAUGUUGAUAAUUCCAUAUAUGUUGCCAGAUGUGGGUUUAAUUGUGAAUAUGCCUUAUGUUGGUUCGAGAAGGUGAUUGGAUAUGAUUUUUCAUGAUUGUUGUAUUUGGAUGCAUAAGUGGGAAAAUAUAUAUUCCCUGGUGAUAUCAUGAUGUUUUAAGGAGGAUGACUUGCACGAGGGUUUAUCCCGAGGAAGUGCAACUAUACGACUCCUGGUUUACCUAUGUUGAGCCAAUUAUGGCCAGGUCAAGUACAUGUGCAAGUAAUGAAUUAUGAUUAAGCAAGGUGAGAUAUGAAUCAUGUAUAAGGAUACCAAAUAUGAGUGUUGUGGUCUCACGGUCAACUACAUAGUAAUUAGGGCUCCCUAUGCUAUUACUCUAUUAUGAUAUGAUAGUCACACCUCUCAUGUGGUGGUGACUGAAGAAUUCUUACGAGAUAUGACCACACCCAGAGUGGUGUCGGGGUAUGACUACACCCAUAGUGGUGUGGGGUAUGUAUGACCACAUCCGACGGGAUGUUGGGGUAUGUAUGACUACAUCCGACGGGAUGUGGGGUAUGUUUCCCGGGAGAGUUAUUAGCAUGGGAGUAGCCAGGCGCCUAUGAUUAAAACAUGAUAAGAUGCAUAUGCAUAAGUCAAAGUGGUUGAGUCUUUUGCUUAUUGGGAUAUGAGGAUGGCUGAGGUCCGAUCCCAGUGUUUUGGUUUGAUUGUUAGAUGUAUGAUAGGGGUAUGCUCUGUUAUGAACUCACGAUGCUAUGAUUAUCUCACUCAGCUAUGAGCUGACCCUCUUUUAUUCUUCUUCUCUGCUUAUGCUAUGUGUAAGCAGAUCAUCAGCAGCAGCAGUAGAUAAGUGUUAGGUGGGAGAGGAGCUAGAGUUGAAGCCAGGAUGAGGUAUGGUCUUCAACUAUUCUGUGCUUGGACUACUACUUGGGAUUUUGGCCAGUGAUCCACACCUUUUUGUAAAAAUGUUUUGAGAACGUUUUUCAUAUGCAUACUAGCUUCUGAUGUAGUGUGAGAUAUCCACAGGUGUGGAAAGUUAAUGAUAUGUGUAUAUUUAUGUGGUUGUGUAAGUUGUGACGAUUAUGGUAUGUAUAAGUUCGGUAUGCAGUUGUGUAGUAUGAAACUGUGACUAUGGCUAUGUAAGUCCAUGUAUAUGGUUUGAGUAUAUAUGUUUGUGAUGAAUUAUUUUGCAGGACAAGUUGCAAGAACUGUUAGCCCAUUACGCGAGUAAUUCAUGUCGAAAUUUUAUUUAGGUAAAUUUUGAUAAUUAAUGUAACACCCGAGAUUAUUUCCGCUGCAAUUGUAUGAACAAUAUGAUUAGGCAAAACGUAUAGGGUAGGGUGUUACAGUUAUGGCUAUAAAAGUGUAUUAAGCCAAAUAUUUAUUUUGAAUAAUUAAGUAUAUGUGUGAUUGUUUUCCAUUUUAUGGGUUUACUUCUAUCUUUAGUGUAUACUAGAAAAAUACUCGCAUUACGCUGCGGCUCGUAAUAUGAUUUUAUUAUUUAGUUGUUCAAUUGUUCAUUUACAUUAAAUAGACAGUGCAUCGUUUGGUGAAGUCAAUUAUUAUUCACGGUAGGACCAAAUGAAAUGUGUCGACACUUACAAAUAGUAGUAGUGGGCUUCUCACUCUCUCUCUUAUCAUUUUCUGCUCUCCUCCCCAACUCCAGGAUACCCGCCUUCUCUGAUAGAGAAUAAUCAGAUCUACCGCCGACCUCUCUAUCUCUCACUCUCUAGACGAUGGGGGCUAGAAGCUCCAUAACCUCUCCAGUCCCUCCAUUUUUUGUCUAUUUCUUUGGAGUGGUUGCAUGCAGGUUUAUAAUUUCUUGUGACAAAAUCAGGGUACAUAGAUUGGUAAUAAUCGUAAAUUUGUUUGUUUCUACUUGAAAUAUUCUUUGAUCUCUCCCUCUAUAUUGACUAUCUUCCUCCUAUUGUUCCUAUUAAUUGCUUCCUCAGACAGUCAGACAUUUACUUCCUGCCACAAUGUCCAGUUCUUCAUUGUGUAUAGAUAGUUUUAUAGAAAAUUAACUCAAAUAAAACCCAGCAAAUCAUAGACAAUGUGUAGAAGCAGGGGAAUCAACAAAGAAGUGAUUAGUUACAGUAAAUUUGCAACUUGUGAUUCGAUUCCAACACUCUAAUCCAAUAUCAAACCGAUAUAAUAAGCCGAUGAAAAGAAUGUAUCUAAGCUUCAAUAUUGUGCCUGGAAAGUUGUGAGAUAGUGAAAUUGACAGGAAAGUAUGUGCUAGUUUUGAUCUUAUUGGCCAUUUGAAUAUUGCUUAAAUUGAAGAAAUAUCCAAGGAAACAUAUCAAAAUAUUGUCGGGAUAAUAGGUUUAAGCCCCAACCAAAUAAAUUUUUUAUUGAACAAUAAACAUUAUUUACCUUUCUUCGAUUGGAGAAAUAUCCAAACAAACUGAUUACGAAAUAGUAGGGGAUAAUGGGCUUUAGCCCUAUGAAAUAAAAUCUUUAGUGAUCAGUAAACAUGAUUCACGUUUAUACUAAUUAAUAUAUAUUUUUUCAAGUUAUGAUAUACAAUAUUGGAUAGGUAAAUUAUAUAAUUGGAUGCCUACAAUGUUUUUGGACCACGUGAGUGAGAGAGAAGAAAAGCCCAAACGUGAAGAAAGAGCCAGAGAAUCCUGUAGCUGACUUAUUGAAAGAUUUCACCGUUUACAUGUCUUCAGUUAAUUAUUUUCCUGUAGCCUGACAACAAUUAAUUUUAGAGGUCUAGCAGAGAUGAAGUAUUUAUCUCUUGAUCAAGAUGUUGUGGCUUUCAUUGUCCGACCAAUAACAAAUAUUUACUGGAUUUGAAUUCCAAUUGUGAGAUUUUGGAUUGACCGGAUUGUCAAAUGUAAAAAUUAAGACCACAUAUUGGAUUGCAAGUCUUAUGUUUUUUUUCCCUCCAAAGAUCCUCCAUUUGGUUUGGAUGCAAGACAGCAUAAGAUUGAGCGGAUUUGAACAAACUUCUUACUCACUAUUAUCAAAUCGGUGUCAUGCCGGUCGUACAACCAGAUUCAAUCGUUACCAGACACAAAAGAGGUUCAAACAACCCUGGUGUGAAAUUUUCUUAUAAACGGAUCAAUAUCGGUCAUAAUCAAGAAACUAGUGCUCCGACCGGUAUGACCAACUUUUUAUCCCUAAAUGAGAUGAGGUCGUUUUGGUGAAUUAAAUUAACAAAAAAAUGAGCAUUUUUCAUUUGGUUUUAUAAUAUUCUAUAUUAUACAAAUAUGGAUUUUGAUGGUAUUUUUUAUUCAAAUAUAAACGUUAAAUAUUGUAUUCAAAUAUGAUGAUUUCUCAUUUUGUUUGUAAUGGUUUGUAUUAUUAUUUCAAUAUGAAUGUAGAUAAUAGAGAGAUUUUCUUGAGAUAAGUUAUAUGCGUAAUUCAAUUGAUGUCAAUUGUCGCCAACUUCCCCUUCAUAUUUGAUUGAAACUAGCAUAAAUUAUUUGUUUCUCGAAUCUAUAAUACUACUAACUAAAUUGGUAUAACGGUGUAAACUGAUUUGAGGAGGAUAUGUUCUUUCUCAUUUACCCUCUUUCAUUCAAUGCAUCAUGUAUCUAAAAAUUGUGUAUAAUAGCAAAACAAAGGUCAAAUUACGUACCGAAUUUUAUUGGACGGACAAAGGAGCGUAUAUACACGAUAACAUUAUUGAUUUACAUAUAAUUAUUGCAUAUAUAAAAUUUAAAACUCAAGAUACUAGAAAUAGUUUCUUUCAAUCAAUGCACGGCAUCAUGUAUGUCAAAAUUGCCAAUAAUAAUUGAUUGAAAAUAUAUCUAUCAAAUUAUUGAAAAUAUAUCUUCUGAAGGUGCACCAGAUCACCACGUCAUCUGUCCAGGUGUUGCCCAGGCCCAAUAUAUGGCCACCAGUAUGAAAAAUCAAACAUUAAAAAUAUCAUUAAAUGUGGUAAAAAUGCGAUUAAUUUCGCUCUUUAAAGUUUAGGAAAUCAUAUUAUACUGGCCGGUCCGACUGGAAAUAUUGAAUACAAGACCCAAAAUGAUAGGCGAUUUUAGCGGUAGGAAACAGUUGAACAAUAAUUAAAUUAUGAUUUUGCUACAAAAUAUCAUAUUAUUAACUUUUUCGAUAUGACCUCCAGUAAGGUUUCACAAACGUAAUCUUUAAACGAAGAAUUCCUCUAUAAUUGAUUAUACAGUUCUUUUUUUUUUCCCAGUCUUUCUCCAUGUCUUCUCUAUUCUGUAUCUAUUUAUCCAUCUCUAGUUCACUUCUAUCCACUCUAUAUCUCUACUUUACUGUUGCCGCCAAUAACAACCCAAAUUUAUGGAUUCUCCGCGGUUACCCGUUAUCCUUUCCGUACGGGUAAUGAGUACCCGUUAAUCCGUACGGUUUUGAGACAUGAGAUGAAGUUUCUUCUCCAAAUGGGACUGAGUACCCGUUUCAAACGAGAAGAGUACCCAGUCUCGUCCCCUUGCCCACUCCUAUAUAAAUACCAUCGUUGAAAUCCCCGAAAAUUGCAAGCUAUAAUUAAACAUGAAAUAUUGUAUUCAAAUAUGAUGAUUUGUUAUUUUGUUAGUAAUGUUGUAUUUUAUUUAAGGACUGAUAUCAUACAACGUUUGAAAUAUAUAAAAAAAUGUUGAUUGAUAAUUUGUGCUAUUUUAUUCAAUGUUCUAAUCCUAUCCCGUUAUAUGAUAAUUUGUGCUAUUUAUGCCAUGACGCUUUCAUUGACCGUUAGAGAUAACGGUUGACCAAACGGUGAUUAAAGCAAUGUUAACUUUUGUUGAAGUGGUAGAAAAUGUGGCAUCCAUAAAACAUAAAUUUUAUAAUUAAAAAUACUAAAAACGGUUAAUAUAUUUGCCGUUGCCCACUCCUAUAUCAACUUAAUUUCACAAUUCUUGGGGGCAUGAUUAAUUUUUGUGGUCCAUCAUAUUAUUUUGAUGCAACAGUUUUUAUUCUCGCCUAUAUAAUUGAUCACGCGGCUUGACAUAUAUAGCUAGCUAGUGAUGUCAAAGAUUUGAUUCUUUGAUUAAGUUUUGAAAUAUGUACUUUCAAAACUUAUUACAAGCGUCGGGAGGAUAUUGGGUGGAGUAGAAAAAGAAUCUUUGAUCUCAGAAGAAGUAAAUGCCACAAGACCAACACAGUACUCCCCCAACUGCAAACCCAAGUUAAAUAGGUGCACCGUGCAUGGAAGAAAACUCUCACCAAUUUUCUCUAAAGCAGACCAUUGUCAUGAACGGCGGGUCAAGCUCCGGCGGAAGACGUUCCAACAGCGGCAGCGGCAGCGGCAGCGACAGCGACGAUGAAGCAGCAGCUGGGUUCCUUUACCUCGGCCUGGGCGACUACAGCCUCAGUUACUACAACGCCUCCCUCAACAUGUCCGCUGCCGAACUGAAAGAGUGGGUCAAUGAACACUACGGAGUGCCGAUAAGCCGGAUCAAGAUCUACCAGGAAUCCAACGCCGCAGAAGACGGGGAGCUGAUGGAUGACCGCCGGACGCUGGCUUACUACGGCUUCACCAAAGGAGGUAACCGCGUCUACCGCAUGCGGAUCGCGGAGCAGCGGCGGAGCACCCUCUUCCCCUUGUGGGUGUCUGAGUCUGGCGUUGACGGUUAUUCCCUUCACUUCAAUGUCACGGAGGCUACCACCGUAGCACAGCUCAAGGACAUGAUCCUUGAGAGGUUGAGGGGGCCUGAUGGUGGCGGUGGCCGUGGCCGUGGCGGUGGCGGUGCCCUAACUUUGCAUCACCUCAUCGACACCGAGGGACUCAACAACAUCCCUAUGGUGGGCGAGGACAAGCCUCUGCUGUACUACCUGGUCACCGAAGGCCGCCACGUGAGGAUGAGCUUUGGCGGCUGAUCCAUGGAGUGAAUAAUUAGUGUGUCGUGUGUCGUUAGGAGGUUGUGUUUGGUUUGAUCAUUUCUUGUAUUUGUUGUUUGUGUGGCAAAAGAGAGUCAAGUUAAGGGGGUAGUUUGAGUUAGUUUGAGUCAAUGUUGGGUUUAGUUUAUGAAAAUCGGGGUAGUGAGAAGUUGGCGAUUUAUGUACUCUUGGAUCAUGUAUUCUCUUAUUAUUUUUUUUUUUUGAAAUAAAAUAUCGCUAGUUUACCCCAAAAGAGCUCGCUUAAUUUAUGCAUGUCAUGUUUUAUUAUUAUGAUUAUGACUCAAACAUACAUGAACCAUAUAGAAAAAAAGCACUAGAACACCUUACCUGCCCCAAGUCAAAAUAGAGUAGAAGCACAAUAUUCACGUAAAGAGGCUUAACCCAUACAUUAAUCAUCCAAAUAAAAGCUCGCAACUCUCAAACUCAAUCAUUAGCACUAUCCAAAAAUCAGAAGAUAUAUGUGGCACCAUCAAUUUCUUUAACUCUCAAACUUUGACUUGCCAAUGCCAGCACACUAAGAAACGACCAAGUAUGAUUGCAACUCAACAAUACAGUAUAGUGAGUUCAGUUUUAAUUGUCAACCCGAGUCCUAUAUAUACUGACUACUCAGCAAAUUAUUUAUUAUCUAGCAAUCAACCAACGUAUAGAGGAGUUGUUUGUAUGCAAAGUAUAAAAGAAAGCAGGUAAAUGUUAUGAUUUUCAACUGUGAGAAAGACCACUCAUGUAACCGCCCCCUAGUCUGCAGUUAGGCCAAGUUGUAACUCCCCCAAUUCGUUUCAAUCGAUAUUUAUAUUGCGAAAAGUCCCGAAAGAGUUUGGAAUCUCGACUAAAGCAGACCAGACCAAGAACCUCUUGAAUAAACUACAAACGCAAUUCGGUAAGCCUUCCUCUAUUGGCUUUUGGUUCCAGUACAGAGCAAUGAAUCGAUUUACUACUUCCAAAUGAAGUUGCUCUAUUGACCUAUUCACAAACUAUCAUUCUAGGUCAAAGCAAGAAUCAUACAAAUGUGAUCAAGACUCAUAUAAUUCUGAUUAAUGCCCCAAUUGAAUAUAAAUAAUCAAAUGUCAUGUAUGUGGGUUCAUACAACUGCUCCUAGCAUACAGAUCUAGGUUUCUUCAUACCAAGACGGAAGAUGUGCUUAAUCCAUGGAGAAAGGGAUAAAUGCAAGGCUGGAGACGGACAUCAUUGUGUGAAUGAGUGAAAUCUUCUCCAAAUCAGCAAUCGAUACUCCGAGGGGGAGGAAUCAAGCUCCAAUGGUCCUAGGUGGUUUCAAAUCAGCUCGUGACUCUCCAAACGAGUUAUAACCUAAGUCACGACCGUAACUUCUCUAAUCCGCCCGCGACUCUUCAAACGACGUCGUCCCUUCAAUCCGGAAGGAAAGAGUUACGGUUGACAGCUGGGAGUUAAGGCCAUCAUACUCUAGCUUCGCAACAUGCCAUAUGACCUUGACUAGCUGAUACGUGCUUUCGCUUCAUGCCAUGACCUAAUCAAUGAAGAACAUUGAACUGAAGAUAAAACAUGAUUAAGAGUGGGCCUCUUGAGACAUAAUUGAUGGUCUAUAGCAUCGAUGAUAUAAGAGUCAAGCAUUGAUACUACUUGAGCUAUAUAUGGUUGGUGCAUUAUAACUCCCGAUGGGCCUUAUGCCGAGUUGGGCUUAGUCGUUGGGGUAUUAUUAUUUUUGGUUAAUUGUUAUGUUAUUGUGAUUAUUUAGGGAUAUUCGUAUUAGUUUAUUGUGUCUUGUUGAGUAAGUUAUUAGUUACCUUAUUAGAGUGGGAUAAGGUUAGCUAUUAGGUUUUCUUGUGUUUCCCUAUAAAUAUGUACUUUGUGGUUCAGUUAUGAAUAAGAAGAAGAUUAUUCCAGUAAUUAUCAUAGUCGCUUAGGAGUAGAAUUAAAAUAAUUUAGCGAUUCACGACGCGUGAAUUCUAUCACGCGCCAAUGGUUAAUAAUUUUCUCUACUCUUGUGUAACAUCAAUGGGGGUAUCACUAGAAUGUAAUUUCUUAACAACCUAUAUUAUACUAAGCACAAUGUAUAUAGUAAUAUACUAUAUAAUCACAAGCAUCGAUAAGAAAUAAUUCAUAUUGAACUAAUGAGUCUCGCCCAAAACCUUCCUAAACCUACUAGGACAUAGUUUCUCUCACUUAGGGAUGAAACAAGGCCUUUUGGAUCUUUAUUUGAGCUUGGGCUUAAGUGGCAGCGGGGUGACGGUUCUGGCUGACACAUGUUUUCUUCGUGGUUUGAGCUCUUUUGCCCAUAAGCAACCUCUCAUGAAGAUUUUUUCGUGAUUUGACCAAAUUUGCUUGCCGUUUGACAUGGUAGGGAACCCAUUGUAAGAUAAAAGAUAUUAGAUACUCAGAAAGUAAACAAGAUGUAUAUGCUCUGGAAUUCCUUAAAAUGUACUCAAUAACAUACUAAGGCACCACAUGAUCGUAUUUACUCGUUAUGCAUGUUGGUUCAGUUUUUAUGUUAUGGAAGAAUGGUAUUAAGAGUAGGACUGACCCUUUUGCUCGCACUCAGGAUUUGAAGAAGCACUAGAGUAUAAUAGGGAUUCAUCAUUUCACAACAAGGAUUAGUGGAUCCAGAGGACUCCAAGAUGAAGUUAGUAAAGUUCAGUACUUGGUGGGACAUAAGACUUUAUGUGAUUUUUCAGAUGGAUGUUUCAAAGUCAAAUUUUUCAAGUAUGUUCAUGUUUCAAUGUUGUUUUGUAUUUAUCACCUCUGUUGUUGUUCAACGUAUUUCAAUAAUGAUUUAUGAUUAAGGGAAUUUUGGUAAAAAGCAAUACCUGACCGUGUUAGGUUGUUACAGAAACCAACUAGAAGGGAGGAAUCGACACUAAAAAUGGCUACACAGGCCCUGUUUUCUCUAUUGUGGCUGCCGAUUCCUGUGGUAUUUUGGGGACUUUGUUUUGAUCAAUGAUAGCCCAGAAACCCUUACCCAUGGCUUACUAGUUCUUUAGGUGCGUAGGUAUGUGAACCCUAGGGGUUAUAGUCAUUUAAAACUCGAUGUCUGGUUUAAUGCGAUUGUUUUUUUUUCAUAUGUGCUGAUUCUUGAUUUCCUCUAUUUUGUUAUUUGUCCAUUUGGAUGAAUGCUUGGUCAACCUUGCACUCUUCGAGGUGCAAGGAUCGAAAUCCUAGUCGUGUUGGAUUAGACAAGACAUGGCGGUCCUAUUCGAUCGAUCCUUCAAUCCAACGACGUGAUGCCUCAAGGGAGGAAUCCAUAGGGUCCUUAUCUCCCAUUAAUUCGGGUAAAUGCUUUGACACAAGGUGAUAUCGAAUAGAAUACAAAAUUGGAA